AUGGCAGUGCUUGGUGCAACUCCCGCCGUUGCGGUGUUUGCGCAUGAGAAAGGAAAGCCAGAGGCCCAGCCGGAGCCAGAGCGGUCAAAUCAGCCGGAGCAGCCGGAGGCUGUCACGGAGGAACCGCUCCCACCGAUCCCGGCAUGUGCCGGGGAGUUUCAGGCGGCAAGGCCCCGUGCCGCCCUCAGAAGCAGAGAGCUGAGCACCGGGGCCGGUGCCGGUGGCUCGUGUGCAAUACUUCUUGUGCAAUCUUUGAUUUCUUUGAUCCGGUUCCUUCAUCUCAGCGUGCUCCAGGCGACGGCGAUUGGGUCCCGAUUUCUGGGAGUUCAAUCGGGAUUUGGGGCCUUAGGGCUUUUAAGGGUUAGGGACUUUUGGGUUUAG